GAAAGAGAGAGAUAUAGAGAGAGAAAUGGCCAACGCAAUCAAGCCUGCUUCCAUCUUCCUCGUGUGCUUUCUUCUCUUCCUCGCGGUGAUCGAAGUGCCGAAGAUAGCAGCCCAUGACGACGAGGAAUGCUUGAAAGAGUAUGAAGAUCAGCCGCUGACGUUGUGCCUUGCUCUGAUUUAUCCGAGCCUUUGUUACUUCAGAUGCCGUCAAGACAAGAAAGCUUUAGGCGGACAAUGCAAGCCGGGUGAAUACGAUAGACCUACUUGCUACUGUGAUUAUUGCAGCGACAAACCACGAGCUCCCAUUCAAUUGAAAUCCAACUAUGCUUAAUCUAUAUAUAUAUAUAUAUAUAUAUAUACGCAUGCUCGAUGAAGCAGAAGCCCAUGUCAUACAUGUGUCCCAUAUGGUCCUCGUCUAAUGUAAUAAUAAAGAACGACCAAAGGGUUAUAUAUGUCUUUUCCCCUUUUGUUACCAUGUUAUUUUACCACCUUUUGUAAUGUUCCCCUAACAAAUAAUGGCAUCUCUUAUAUGUU